AUGGCAGCUAGACAUCUUGAGGGUAUUGCCGCCCUCGGCGAGGCAUUCCUCCUCGACCCUAGCGAUCGCGCAGCCCGGCUCAAACUCUUGGACGCCGCCGACGCGCUCGCGAUGGAGCUGUACACGCCAUUUGAGCUUGUAGCGCGCAUCACUUGGGGCGAGACAUCCAGGACAGCGGCUCUACGAGUUGCCUUUGAGCUCGGCCUACUCAGGAAUCUCGACAGUGAACCACAAACCAGUCAGCAGGUAGCUACAGGGACUGUAGCAGAUCCCGUCUUGGUUGCGCGGAUCCUCAAACACCUGGCGGCGAAUGGUAUCGUCAAGGAAGUGGGCAAGGACGUGUACGUGAGCACGCGGUUUUCCAGGGCGAUAGACGACCCGGCCGUCAGCGCGACCAUGCGAUAUACGUCCAUAGUCACGCUGCCCACCUUUCUCGCGCUUCCAGAGUUUCUAAGCAAGACAAAAUACCAAACGCCAACCGACGAGAACAACAGCCCGGUGCAAUUCGGCCUCCGAUCGAGCGAGACGUUCUUUGGCAUGAUGCGGGAGAACUCUCGCUUAGCCGAGGCCUUCAACGACUUUAUGAAAGCAUACGCCAGGUCGGUGCCAUCUUGGACGGACGUAUACCCCGUGCGGGAGCGCCUGGGGGGCGAGGAGAUACGGGCCUCCAGUCCGCUCCUCGUCGACGUGGGCGGCAACCUGGGCCACCAGCUCGUAGACCUGCACAGCCGCUUCCCGGACCUGCGCGGCGAGCUCGUCCUGCAGGAUCAAGCGCCCGUCAUCGCCGCGGCCACCGCCUCGGGCGAGCUGCCGGCGCGCGUGACGGCGGUCGCGCACGACUUCUUCACGGCGCAGCCGGCGGCGUGCCGCGGCGCGCGGGCGUACUACAUGCGCUUCAUCAUGCACGACUGGCCGGACGCGCAGUGCGGCGCGAUCCUGUCGCACCUGCGCGACGCCAUGGCGCCGGGGUACUCGCGGGUGCUCAUCAACGACGUGGUGCUGCGGGACGAGGGGGCGUCGUGGCGAGACACGAGCCUCGACUGGGUCAUGAUGGCCAUGCUGGUGAGCCGCGAGCGGACGGAGAGCCAGUGGCGGGAGUUGCUCGCGGGCGUGGGGUUGAGGAUGAGCGGCGUGUGGUACACGGAGGGAGAGAGCGUGAUUGAGGCGGUCUUGGCCGCGGACUGA